AUUGACGUCAUUUGUCACUUGGCAUUCAUUGGUUUCUAUCCUUCUCCUUCUCCUGCUGUGGCCAUAUUUGUUGAUGUGUCAUAGCAUUGAGUAGUUGGGCGAUCAGCUGGAUAAACAGGGAGCUGUGGCCGUCAUUGCACGGACAUACACGAUGAUUCGUUGGCACCUGAUUUGAUCCGUAAGCGGAGCAUGAAACAUCUGGCUCUGACUACAGCUGCGCUGAAAAUGGAAGGAUCACAUGAUAAAUUAGCAACAGAGGAAAUACGCUCUGGAGACGAGUGUCAUCGUAGUACGUCAAAUGUCGAAGAGGAGGAAUUAAUCUUUGAGAACAGUGAUCAUGCUGUGAAGACUUGCAAUCAGGUGAAAAGUGAGAACCAGCUGGAGAGUGGAUUAAUCAAGACUGAAGAAGGAGCUCAGAUAAGCAGUCAGCACCAUCAUGAUGUGAGAGAGACAGCUGCUGAUGAUGAAGGUGAUGCUGGGAAAGUUUCUAGUGAAACUGAUAGACUUCCACUUAGUCUUUCAAAUGAGGCUGCUGCUGCCAGUCAGGAUGUAGCAGAAAGUCCUCCUGUUAUCGAAGGGACAACAGAGACCUUAUUGACUUUUGAUGCAACAGCUCAGCAUGACAACGAGCCACCAUUGGAGUCACCCGCUGAUGACAGCAGUCCUUCACCCUCUUCUGUCCAAAGCACUUCCAAAAACUCCCCUACAGACUCCUCUACCUCUGGGAUCUCUAACGGACCAUCCACUCCGAGCUCUGACACGCUCAGCUUCUCACCGGCCUCGAGCCCGCAGACCACCGCCAACGUCUCCAUCCCCUUACAAUCCUCGUCGAGCCCUUUCGACACCGACUGCAGCCGAAAGCUUAUUUCCCAGAUCCAGCGCUCGUUGUCGCAAGAGUCGCUGCUGGAUGAGCUGGAGUCGGAGCUUUUAGCUUGUGGGUUGUCUGAAAGCGAAAGCAGAGGGAAAGGGAAAGAGAGCUCCCCUGUCAAUGGACUCCCAGCAGACCAGGAGGGCUGCAUGGACGUCUUUGAGAAGUGUGUGCAGUACAAGUACACUCAACAGGAGAAGGCUAUUCAAAGGUUGCUUGAGGAGAACAAGAGACAUCAAGAACUGAUCCUGGGUAUCUGCUCGGAAAAAGACAACAUGAAGGAAGAGUUGAAGAAGAGAGCAGAAACAGAAAAGCAACACAUGAGCUCCAUUAAAAAGCUGGAGGGGCGGGUGGAGGAGCUUCUGAAAGAACUGAAGGAGUCGCGGGAGAAACUGAUCCACCAGGAGCAAUCGGCCAAGGCUGCUCUGCAGCAGCUGCAUAGGGAGACCACUCACAGGAUAGAACAGGUGAACAAGAAGUGUGAUGAGGCGCGGCAGGAGAAGGAGGCCAUGGUGAUGAAAUAUGUGCGGGGGGAGAAGGAGGCUCUGGACCUGAGGCGGGACAAGGAGAGUUUAGAGAAGAGGCUGAGGGAAGCGCUGAAGGAGGUGGACCGCCAAGCGCUGCGCGGGAACCAGCUGGCUCAGGAGAAAGGGCGGCUGCAGCAGCUGUAUGACGCCAAGGAAGGUGAGGUCGGCCGGCUGACACGAGAAGGGGAAAAGUUGAAAGAGGAGAUCAACUCUCAUCUGAUCAAAGUCAGAUGGGCCCAGAACAAGUUAAAGAGUGAAGCAGAUGCUCAUAAGGAAACAAAAGACAAGCUGAGAGAAACGACAUCCAAGUUGGCUCAGGCCAAAGAGGAGACGGAACAGAUCCGAAAGAAUUGCCAGGACAUGAUCCGAACGUACCAGGAAUCAGAAGAGCUCAGAUCCAACGAGUUGGACGCUAAACUGAAGGAAACUAAAGGAGAGUUGGAGAAACACAAGCAGGAGCAAACAGACCAGUUAGAGAUGCAUCGAGUAAAGGCUAAAGAGCUGGAGGACCUGAAGAAGAGUUACAAAGAAAGCAUAGAUGAGCUGGAAACACUCCGCACUAAGUUAAAGUGUCUGGAGGACGAGCGGCCGCGGUGGGAGGAUGAGCUGACCAAAUACAGGGAGAUCAUAAACCGGCAGAAGGCUGAGAUCGGCCGGCAGAGAGAAAAACUGGAAGAGGUCACUGCGCUUCAGGGGCAGCAUGAACGGGACAAACAGGAGAUCACCUCUCUCCAGGAGGAAGUGGAGAGCCUGACCAGUCAGAUGACUGACCUCCAGCGCGACGUUCAAGGCAGCCGGGAGCGUGAAGCAGAGCUGCUGGGCUUCACCGAGAAGCUGAGCAGCAAGAACGCCCACCUGCAGUCGGAGAGCAACGCGCUGCAGUCUCAGCUGGAUCAGGUCAGCAGGAGCUUCACCGAGCUGCAAGCGAAGCUGGAGGAGACCAGCAGGUUCCUGGAGGACAAGUCGCGACAGCUGAAACAGGAAGAAGUGAUGAGGGGCCAGGAAGUUGAGGGCCUGCAGGAGGAACGGGCGGCGCUGCAGACAGAGGUGGCCCAGCUGACGACCAGAGUGGAGGAGCUGAGGGACGAGCUGGUGACCCAGAAACGGAAACAAGCUGCCAACAUCAAAGACCUCACAAAACAACUAACACAAGCCCGUAAAAAGUUGGAGCAGGUUGAGAAUGGCGGCUGCGACCGAGACGGCAGCAGUAUGGGCAGUCGCUCCAGUUCCUCAGGUACUGCUCUGAGAUUUGGUUCCUUAAAUGCACGCCAAGGGGGGAGCAGCAGCGUUGAGGAGCGGUCGCCAGAGAGCCAGUCCGGUCCCUCCGUUAUGGUGGUGGACAGCUUCCCAGAGGUGGACAAGGCCGUCCUCGUGGACCGGAUUGUCCGUCUGCAAAAAGCGUUGGCGAGAAAGCAGGAAAAGAUCGAGUUCAUGGAGGAUCACAUUAAACAGCUGGUGGAAGAGAUCCGGAAAAAGACUAAGAUUAUCCAGAGCUACGUGCUAAGAGAGGAGUCAGGGGCCCUCUCAUCAGAGGCCUCUGAUAUUAACAAGGCCCACCUCAGCCGGCGGGGAGGCAUCAUGGCGUCGCUUUACACCUCCCACCCGGCGGACAGCGGCCUGACCCUGGACCUGUCUCUGGAGAUUAACAGGAAGCUGCAGGCAGUGCUGGAGGACACGCUGCUGAAGAACAUAACUCUGAAGGAGAAUCUGCAGACUCUGGGCUCUGAGAUUGAAAAACUGAUAAAGCAGCAGAAGAAUCCAGCAGACGGAGUCAGGAAGAAGUGAAAAUGAACAACUUGAGCAACGUCUACUUCUAUUCCCGGCGAAUGAAAGAGUGUCGUAAGUGCCAGUGAGACGUGGGACCUCUUGAACCAUUUCUGUCUAUUUGGAGGAAAUGUCUGAGCUUACUUGAACCGUUGCUACUCCAUCCACAUUGUGCCACCUCUAUUUAUAGACUCUGACACGAGAACGUUUCUUCUGGCCCACAUUGUCCUCCCCAAAGCUUAGCCAAGUGAACUCUUCGGGCUCUUCAGACUUGAACUUCCUCCUGGUGUUGUUGUGAAUGUUUAGCCAAACCUCCGUGGAUGCUAAUUGCCAGUCCAACAAUUCAGGGUUCCCAUCCAUUUUGGAGAAAAAGUGUAAAAUCUGGUUUUAGUAUUUUUCCAGGUGUGGAUUAAUAUGGAAAGAGAAGAGCUUAAGAAAACUUUUUAUUUUCAGACUUCAUUGCCUGACCCAUUUUUAAAUUGUUUUUUCUCUGACAUUUUUUUGUGCCCUAAAAUUCUGUCUAUAUUUUGUCCUCUCCCUGUUCCUUUUUUAUUCUUUCUAUUCUUACUUGUGCCCUUCUUCUUACUUCCUUCCAUUUUCAUUUUUCUUCCAUGUAUCAUCCUUUCUUCUUUCCUCCCUUCCUCCCACUUUCUUAUUAUUUUUCUUGAUUUCUUUCUUCUUUACUUCCUUUCUUCCUUCCCCAUGUCUUUCCUUCUUUACUUACUUCCUUCCCUGUGCCCUCCCUUGUUUAUUUACUUCCUUGAUUCUUCUUUCCUACCGUGUCCUUCCCAAAUUACUCCUUUCCUCCCCUUUUUCCUGUCUAUUGUUUUCUCUUUCUUUCAUCCCUUCUUUGCUCCCCUCCCUGUCAACCCUUAUUUUUUUCUUCCUUUCUUCCCUGUACCCUAUUUUUUUUCCUUCCUUCUUAUUUUCCUCCACUCCUUCCUUUUGUGUCCUUCCUUCCUUCAUUCAUUAUUCCUUUCAUCCCUUCUUUCCUUGUGUUUUUUCUUUCUUCCCUCGACUUUGCAUCCUCCUUCACUUGGCUUCCUUCCUUGUCCUUUUUACCAUCCUAUUAAAACCCUUUAAUUGUAGAAAUGUCUGCCAUGAAAAAUAAACUUUAAUAGUUUUAAAUUUGAAAAUGAAUCUAAAGAACCAAGAUGUCUGGAAGAAUAUGUAUUUCUUUCCAAGGACGUGUAGGAAUCCUGAAGGUAACCAAACUGAAUCUGUCAUUGCCAGCAACAGCAUCCCAAGAAGUCUGUCUAAAAAUAAGCCAAAUAUGUUUUUGCUGAACAUCUGAAGCAAAACAAACAAAAGCAGACCAAUCCUUACUUUAGGAGAACCUCAGCUAUACUGCUGCAUUUUUCUUCUGUUUCUUUUUUUUAUUAUUAUUAUUAUUUUGCCCCCGCCCUGCGCAGCACGUACGGCCAGUGGAGCAACGUAACCUGUCAUCCGUAUGGCGCAGGUGGCAGAUUUCAGGAAGCAUCUUUGCAAUGUUCCCCUGCAGCCGGCAUCAUAACACCACCUGCUCUUCAGCUGCGUUAAGCUGGAAUCAGUCUGUGAUUAAACUUUUAAACUGGUCUUAAAUUCUCCCACGAUGAAUGUAAAAAAUGUUUUCUUCCUUUCCUUACUAUCUUUUUUAUUUCAUUACAUCUGAGUUGUAGUUUUUAUUAUCCUCAUGAUGUUUUAGGUUUUGUUCUUAAGGGAAUGUUUGGGAAUUUUGAAGUAAGUCUAAAUUUUAUAACUAAAAGGUUAUAAGUCAUAACUCCAUCACAGUAGUUAGCCUUUCAGUGGCGAGGAAGAGACGCCAACACUCCAGCCAACUUUGUUGGCUAACUAGUAUGAAUUGAAGCUUGAACCCAAUAAAAUUUUAUUUGAUGUAAUUUCUAAAUUAAAGUUCUUAAGUAAGACGAUUAAAUAUCUUUUUUUCAUCUGCCAGAUAACCUGCCUGGAAACACUUGACAAGUUCCACUCAGUGCGCGUUUCACACAGGAAUGUCAUUUAUGGCGCACCGCCUCAAACUAACAUUUUCUCUAUACAUAUUUAUCAGUUUCCACGUAAAAACCUAGUGAACACCAACAUGACUAACACUUUAAAAGCUGAGAGAAUGUGAAUCUCACGAACUAGUCCGACCUUUUUCAGAUUGUGUUUAUUUUAAGACGGUAGGAGGUCGCUCUUAACAUGGCAUCCUCCGAAGCUAGCUGUUAGCUUUAGCUUCUGGCACAGGCUAAUCGGGAUUCAGCCAAAAUGAAGACGGCUGCUUCUAAUCUUGAAAAGGAAUUGAAGUGAUUAGUGCUCCAAACUUUUUUGCCUUAUCCUCACUAAAAACCUGACCUGGUUAAACCCAACAUUUGUAGUAACAUUUACGUGUAAAUGUUAUGUGGCAUUUUAACCAUUCCUGGUUUUACAUGUUGAGCACAAAAAGUGUAUUUUCACUCCUUGUAGGAUGUGACUUUUUUUUAUUGAGAAAACAUACAAAUAUAUUUAUGUUUGUACGCUCCCUUUCUCUUUUUGUAGCUCCAUUACAUUAAAUCGAGAGAAGAAGAAUCAAAGGCAGAGCAUGAAGUUUGUAGCUGCAGCUCAGGAAAGCAAAAAAGUAUCCAGGGACAAAGUGCAAUCCAUUUCCACUUGUUUUUUGUGACUGCUGGUGUAUUGUUUUUAUCUUCGUUUGUGAGACAUUAGAAUUUUUCAAGUAUGCAUGUGUGGCUUCUUUAACCUCUACAGCUGUUGUGUUUACACCCGGUGGACAUGCUUUAGCUGCUCAGGCUUGUUAGAUGGACCAUUAGGCCAGUUUUUCUCCUUCCAGAGUCGAUCUGCCACCAUGAGCAUGCACACGCCUGCAGCUCUCUGUAAAAAGAAAACAAUAUUAGUGUGCUCAUUCAAGACCUGCAAGAUGGAGGUUAAAGAGCAACUCUUGUUACACAAUGCUCGGUUUCCUCUCACCUCAUCUGAUCUCAUUUACUGCAGCUGCUACAAAAGAUAUGCCUGCCCUUUUUUUGUUUUCUUGUUUUAAAUGGACAUGAAUGGUUGCAGGCUGAUCCUGUCUCCAUUUCCCCUGAGGCUAUGCAAAAGUGGACCGCUACGUAAAUAAAGAUAAAGAUGAAAGUCUCGCUAUCGAGGUCACAGAGACCUUAAAGCCUCUCUGCUGCAGCAGCGACUGCCCUGCAUUUGAUGGAACUUCACGUUUAUUGCAUCCGAUCUCCCUUCUUUACCAAAUAGGAUCAAUUUGAAAACCUGCAGGCAGCAGAAAGCUUAAAUUUAAUCUCAUAUUGAAACAAAACAACACUAAUAUUAAGACAAAAACAAAAAUUUGCCUUAAAUUUUGGCUUUGUUUUGUGCAAAGUGGGUGGAUUGCUCCACAGAUGAAUUCUCCUUCUAGGUGCUCAGUUUUUUGUUUUUUUUCCAGACUUGCUGUUUGUUUUUGAAGCAGAAUUGAAGAGCUGCCUAUGCAACAAACUGGCACAGGGCAUUCCAAUUAAGCCCACAACUCUCAGAGGCUUUAUAAUGGGCUUUUUCAGAUUGUUCCCCUGCUUCCCCUUCAAAUCAGGCUGGGUAUUCGCUGAUCCCAGAUUUGCUGCGUUACUUGAAAGCCUUGAAAUGAAGCCAUGCUGCAGCUGUGGGUGGAUGAAUGGAUCAUGUUUUAUGAAGAAAAUGGGAGUUCAGUUUGUGCCAAUCUGUAAAAGUAAAAAAAUAAACGAACCGCAGCCAUUCAAUCUGACAACAGGCAAAUUCCCAGAACAAAAUUUGCUGUUCUGCAACAAUUUCCCCCAUUCCUGUUUUGUGGAGUAUUUAAGCUGUGAUUAUAAUAUAUGCAUUUGUAGAUAAGCCUUGUAAAAUGAGAUGUUUUUAAAGAAAAAAAAUGAUUCUGGAUGUUUGUACAUACUGCGUUUCCAGGGAAUAAAAGAAAAUGAGUAAAGUUUUCUCCUCUGUUAUCUGUUU